GCGAGUGUUGUUGAUAUAUCUCUAGGGCGGCGCGGGCUUCCUCAGGUAAACAUUCCUCUGGAGCCACCAUGUUCAAGAACACCUUCCAGAGCGGCUUCCUCUCCAUCCUUUACAGCAUAGGCAGUAAGCCAUUACAAAUAUGGGACAAGAAGGUUCGUAAUGGGCACAUCAAGAGGAUAACUGACAAUGAUAUUCAGUCUCUGGUCCUGGAGAUUGUUGGAGUUAAUGUAAGCACAACAUACAUCACUUGUCCUGCUGACCCCAAAAAAACUCUUGGCAUCAAACUUCCCUACCUUGUUAUGAUCGUCAAAAAUCUCAACAAAUACUUCACAUUUGAAGUACAGGUUUUAGAUGACAAAAAUGUUCGUCGACGUUUCCGGGCCAGCAACUACCAAUCGACUACAAGAGUCAAGCCCUUCAUCUGCACUAUGCCUAUGCGUCUGGAUGAAGGAUGGAACCAGAUUGUGUUUAACCUUGCAGACUUUGUCAGGAGAGCUUAUGGUACAAAUUAUGUUGAAACUUUGAGGGUCCAGAUACAUGCCAACUGCCGUAUCAGACGGGUUUAUUUUGCCGAUCGUCUAUAUUCAGAGGAAGAAUUACCAGCAGAAUUCAAGUUGUAUCUUCCAGUUCAAACAAAAGCAAAAUCUGCAAUUUGAGGGAAAAUGUUGAUACUGGGCCAUUACAGAGCUUGAAGCUGAGCAAUAAGAAAUAAGAAAAUAAAGAAUUUGCUGCCUCUGUUGUGACAAAAAAUUGACCUCUAGUAUUGACCUGUUCAAGCCUUCUGUUAUACAGAAGAUUGACUCACAUUAAUUCUUCAUGCACGCUUAAUUGCAACACAUUGCAGCUUUCUCUUAGGUUAUUUCUUAAAAGAAAUGUUUUCCCACAAUAUUAGUACACUUGAGUGUUAAUAAUUUUAAGUAAAAAAUUCAAUACAGUACAGUAGUUGCGAUCAAGGGUAUAAACUGGUAGCAAAUUCACCUACCAUGGGACAAACUUUGAAGUCUCGGUCACUCCUUCCCAGAGCAUAUGAAGAUACAGUAUUAUUAACUGAUCACAAAGUCAUCUUGAACAAACUGAAUUGACCGUAUAUGCACGAUGGUUUCUAUUAACAAAUUAUAGAAUUGGCCCAGCAGUAUGCAAUUGUUACUACCUUUAAGUAUAGGUAGCAUUUGCAGUGGAAAUAGCUGUGUUCAUGUCACAGGAGUGUGGAUCGAUUGGGCUGGAGAUCCACCUUCACAUUUUCUCUCAAUAUAUCUUGCCUUCGAAUUUAUUCUUUGAAUUUUUUUGUUAUCAGAAUUUCUCUCCUCUCUCCCUCCCUCCCUCCCUCCCA